AUGCCUUCCAACGGUCGUCUCGCAGGCAAGAAUGCCGUCAUCACCGGCGCUGCAGGCGGCAUCGGCCUCGAAACCUCUAUCCUCUUCGCCAGGGAGGGCGCGUCCGUUCUCAUGGCCGACAUCUCGGAGCCCGCCCUCGAGAAGGCGCUGGCCAAGGUCAAGCAGCUCAUCCCCGACGCGGCCGGCCAGAUCGCCACGCAAAAGUGCGACGUCUCCAAGGAGGCCGACGUGCAGGCCCUCGUCGAGGCUGUCGACGCCUGGGGCGGCCUGGACGUCAUGUUCAACAAUGCCGGCAUCAUGCACGCCCAGGACGACGACGCCGUCAACACCCCCGAGGCCAUCUGGGACCUGACCCAGAAUAUCAACGUCAAGGGCGUCUGGUUCGGCUGCAAGCACGCCGUCCUCUCCCUCCGCCGGCACAAGAAGCAAAAGGCCUCCAUCAUCAACACGGCCUCCGUCGUCGCCCUCGUCGGCGCCGCCACACCGCAGCUCGCCUACACAGCCUCCAAGGGCGCCGUCCUCGCCCUCACCCGCGAGCUCGCCAUGGUCCACGCCCGCGAGGGCUUCCGCUUCAACAACCUCUGCCCGGCCCCGCUCAACACCCCGCUGCUGCAGGAUUGGCUCGGUGACGACCAGCCCAAGCGCCAGAGGCGCGAGGUCCACUUCCCCAUGGGUCGCUUCGGCGAGGCCGUCGAGCAGGCCCAGGCUGUCCUCUUCCUCGCCAGCGACGAGAGCAGCUUCGUCAACGGACACGACUUUGCGGUCGACGGCGGCAUGACAAAGGCCUACGUGACCCCCGAGGGCCCGGCCGCCCCGGCGCCCCAGAACAACGCCACAAAGGACUCGUUGUAG